AUAUCAGUUCUAAAUGUAAUCUCUGCAGAUCACUUGUUUGUAAAUGAUGUGGAAAUGUAUCCAAAGAUCGUGCAUUCACGUGUCAGCGGUCUCUCUAAAGAAGAUGCCUCUGCACAUGAAGGGGAAGAGUGCUGCCGAUCAGAGAUGGCUGGUCCGGCAGAUCAAUGACCCUUUCGUUAAAGCUGCUCACGCGCAGAAUUACCGCUGUAGAAGUGCUUUUAAACUGAUCGAGAUAGAUGACAAAUACAGACUUCUCAAACCUGGUUUGAGUGUCAUAGAUUGUGGUGCUGCUCCUGGUGCAUGGAGUCAAGUUGCAGUCCAGAGAGUCAACUCAACAGGAGAAAGUGCGGAUCUUCCUAAAGGAAGCGUAAUAGGAAUAGACAUACUACGCAUCGCCCCUUUGGAUGGAGCUCAGUUGCUGUCCAAUCAUGACAUCACUGAGGCCUCAACUCACAUGGCGCUGGAGAGGCUCCUCCCUGAAGCUCGAGCAGAUGUCAUCCUCAGUGACAUGGCCCCCAAUGCCAGCGGGCUCAGGGAACUGGAUCAUGAAAGAUUGGUCACCAUGUGUCUAUCAGUGUUGGACUUAGCUGACAAGGUUUUGCGCCCCGGGGGCUCUUUGAUUUGCAAAUACUGGGAUGGAGCUUUGGCCCAUAAGCUCCAGCAGAGGCUUUCCUCAAUGUUUCAAGAUGUAAGAACUGUGAAACCAAGAGCAAGCAGGAAGGAGUCAGCAGAGCUUUUCUUUCUGGCGAGGAUGUUCAAAAUGAGAUAGGAUGAGGUCUUUUUCAUGAAAAGGAUUUUUUUUAUAUAUUAUAUUUUACAUAUAGAAAAUAAAAAAUAAAAUUGCUUUGUUCUUAUUAUGUAUUAAAAAUAAAUAGUAAAAAAACCUGCUUGCAACAAGAUUCAGAAACUCAAUACAGACCUUGGAUAUAAAUGCUAAAGCAGAAUAAUUUGAUUCAGGUGUUAAAUAUAUAAUUGUUGAGUCCGAUUUGCAUAUUAUUUUCAGUCUAUCAGGAUGGCCUAGCAGUGUUAAAUUUUUUAUUUCAAAUCAUUUUACAAAGACAUGAUGGGCAUGCAUCUACAUUU